AUGCGCGUCGUAGUAAACCAUCCAUAUAAAAAUCCCCCGUCGUCGCCGCCGUCGGAGAUUCAAUGGACUCGAGGGGAAUUGCUGGGUAAAGGAAGCUACGGCGAGGUCUUCGUCGGAAUUCCAAAAACCCCAAAUUCGCCCCCUCUGAUGGCAGUGAAAUCCGCGCCCGAAUACGACGCCGAGUCUCUGAAAUUGGAGCGCCGGAUUCUGACCAAUUUCCGCCACAAUCCCAACAUCAUCCAGUGCUUCGGCGCCCAAACAACCGAGCACGGCGGGCACAGAACCUACAACUUGCUCCUCGAGUACGCCUCCGGCGGCUCGCUCUCCAAUUUCAUCGCCAAGCGCCGCCGCGGGAUUCCGGAGAUCCAUGUUAGGGUUUGCACUCGAAUGAUUCUGGAAGCGCUGUGGUGCAUCCACUCCCGUGGAUACGCGCACUGCGACAUAAAGACGGACAACAUUCUGGUAUUUGAGGAGCAUCAAUCGUUGUGUCGGCUUAAGGUGGCUGAUUUCGGGGCGGCGGUGGAAAUUUCGAAGCAGAGUGGUGGAGGGGAGAAGUUGGGGAUUAGGGGGACGGUUAGAUACAUGGCGCCGGAGGUUGCGGCGGCGGGGAAGGUGACGACGGCGAUGGAUAUUUGGGCGCUGGGGUGCACGGUGGUGGAGAUGAUCACAGGGAAGCGGCCUUGGAAGGGUUUGGAGAAGGAGGAAGUAAUGGCGCGACUCGCCGAGGGCCGGCAUCCGGAUAUUCCGGCGGGUUUGUCGGCGGAGGGCAGGGAUUUCUUGGAGGAAUGCUUUGUUACGAGCGGUGUGAAGCGAGCGACGGCCGACUCGCUUCUGAGUCACCCGUUCGUAGCUCGCUGUGACGGCAGCGCGCAGCAGGAAGCAGAUAUUGCGCAUUCUAAUUCAUAG